CUCAUCCUAUCCCUCCUUGUAAAACAAAAUCCAAAUAUCUUCACUAAUUUUUCUUCUGCUUUCAAAUACUCAAAAAUCUUAUACACUAAAACUAGUUAUAUAAAUAAAAUUAAGCUGAAUAUAGCUAUAUAUUGUGUUAAUUUGUAAAUUUUACUAGGGUUUGCCAUUAUAUUGUGGCUUGAAGAUCGAUCAUGAAGGAGAAUGGUAGAAAGCAAGGUGUAUUGUCUCCGUGUGCAGCGUGCAAGCUUCUCCGCCGGAGAUGUGCUCAGGACUGCGUAUUUGCACCGUAUUUUCCGGCCAAUGAACCUCACAAGUUUGCAAGUGUUCAUAAGGUUUUUGGAGCUAGCAAUGUCAACAAAAUGUUACAGGAAUUGCCAGAGCAGCAACGUGGCGACGCGGUUAAUUCCAUGGUUUACGAGGCAAAUGCCAGAGUAAGGGACCCAGUUUAUGGAUGUGUUGGAGCAAUAUCAUCUUUACAACAUCAAAUUGAUUCCUUGCAGACUCAACUUGCAAUUGCUCAAGCUGAGGUUGUGCACAUCAGAAUGCGCCAGUCGAUUAAUUCCGGCGCCAUUGAAAUGGUGGUUGAUCAAUAUCAUCAGAGCGAUAUGGGAGAGCCUUUAUGGUCAUGCUAAUUAAUCUAUUGAUUAAUUACUUGAUUAGCAUGCCUUCACCUAUCUAAUCAUGUUACUUAAUUAACCAUUAUGAGCUUGCUUUCUCUUUGUCUGCCUUUUUAGUUACUAUUUUGCUUAUUUUUCUUCUCACCUUUACUUUGAUCACUCUCUACUACUUUGAGCAAGUGAUGAUGAUUAUCAUCAACUAUAUUGUAAACAUUACUAAGCAUAUAAUUAUGUUUUCAUUUUCUA